CGGGCAAUAUAUCGGAAGAUGAAUCUAGUUGUAUAUCGGCUGCAGAUGAGACACGCGUGAAAUCGCCCGAUAAAGCUGCCGAUACAUCGUACGAUGUAUUGGGCGAUGCAUCGUGGGAUAUAUCGAUCGAUUCAUCUGCUUGA